UACGCAUGUAUAUAUAUUUUUACGCAUCUAACAUUCCAAAUUUCGAACUGCUUGUAAGUGCUUGUAAGUCUAAAGAAAUUCGCGUAUUGGCACAUUAAAAAGUGUUACUGCUCUCAAGAGGAAAUAUAAUAUAAAAAAAAAGGUUAGGAAUUCAUAGCACAGUUCAGAGCAUAGUUUUAUUUCACGUUACACAAAAAAAUGGCAGAGAAUUUUGGAAAGGAAACCUCAUCAAUUUAUAACGAGGAGACAAAGACUGCAGGACAACCAUUAUCAGAUUUCUUGAUGCAAUUGGAGGAUUAUACACCUACGGUACCUGAUGCCAUCACUGAACAUUACUUACACACGGCUGGUUUCAAUGCUAUAGAUCCUAGGAUAAUACGCUUGGUGUCAUUAGCAGCACAAAAGUUUAUCUCAGAAAUUGCCAACGAUGCACUACAACAUUGUAAAACACGUGGUGCCAAUCAGAAUACAAAAACAAAAGGAAAAGACCGACGUUAUACUCUGACUAUGGAAGAUCUGACACCGGCAGUUGCGGAAUAUGGUAUAAUAGUGAAGAAACCACAUUAUUUCGUUUAAUUGAAUAAACUAUGCAAUUUGAUGUGUUUACAUCAGAUCAGUAUGAUUAAUAAUAGGUAAUUGUAUUUUCGUGCAAGUUUUUCAUCAGGAAUCAAUAUUAGCAUACAUAUAAAAAAAUAUAUAUUGUCAAAAAAGGAAAAAUUCAUGUUCACAUAUAUAUUAAAUUAAUAGUUAAAAUAUAGAUUUAUAGUUCUAUCUCAUUAAAAAUGAUGCAUUAUUGUAUGAAUAAUGUCUCUAUCUACCAGCGAUUAACUUCAAUUCAGUUUAAUUUACUUUUUAUCUAGUUAUUUACUCUUUUUCUAAUUCUGUAUAUAUAUAUUAACAAAAAGAUAACAAAUAAAUUAAAUCAAGAAUAAAGUUAAAAGAGGACAUAGGUCUCCUAAAACAUCUUAAUGUCGUAAUUACAAAUAUUUAAUGACAUAGAUACAUACAUCCUUUACUAUAUUACUGUAUCAUUGCUAGUGUUAAAAAUGUAAAAAAUAAAUUUAAUAUAAUAAAAAUCAUGUACUGUA